UCAAAAAGACGAAUUGCAGUUUUGACAUCAUCUUGUAAAGAUUUGCUGGAGAUGUAUACGUUCAAAGUAUAUUUACUCGUAUUUCUAAUUCAAUGUUCCGAAGCGUCGUCAUCUUUAGAUCACGGUAUCUUCAAGGAAGAAUAUCUAAAUCCAAAGAGUGUGGACCACACAAAGUCUUCAGGACGGUGGUAUGCACACAUGGACACGUUGAAUAACACUCUCAGAGGCAACACUUUUGCAGAUGUUGUGGCACCUUGUGAUCAAGAAAAAGUAGUGGAAAUCAUGUACCGUUGGAUUUCGUCCCUGGAAGAAUGUCGUACCACGGCCAUAUCAUUUCAAUUAAAAAAACCUGAUGCACCCGAAGGCGUAGUCACCCGGAUGUCCACACAUGAGAUGUUAGGAAAGAUGAGAGUUCUGUACCUUGAUCCCCACCCUACCCAGGGAUUUUCCGUCGUACGCAGAGAGACACAUCUUCCUGACAGUUACUUCAUAUCUACUCGUCAGAGGGAUCCCCGUAACCUGGACAACGCUAUUAAGGAGGUUCUACAGGCUCUUCGUCUGGAUAUCGGGUACUUCUACGUCAAAUCAAAGGACUUCGGUUGUGAAAGGAGGGAAGAGAAAGGAAUUAAGCUGUAAAAAAUUAAUAAAAAUAAAUUUAGUUUGAGUCUACGGAAGCGUUCAUGUUUUUUGUUCUUGUAGCA